CUUAAUUCAGCUUAAAGAGUGAUAAAUCAUCAUCAUGUUAUUUAUCAAGAGUACUACUACUGCAUGUAUUUUGCUUGUAUUCUUCAGUGCUGCUUGGUUAUCAACUGCUAGGUUCUAUCCUCCUGGAGGUGCUCAAGUUAAUACUAUUUCGAGUACAGAGGCUAGUGUUGCCACUGCAUACAACAAUGAGGAGAAAAGCAUAGCUGCAAUAGACUCAAAGAAACACAGUUUUCAUGGAAAGAGAAGUUUGAGAACACAUAAUUUGUCUCAUGAGGUUGAUGGCGGUUUUGUUGCUUUUACUACUGACUAUCAUCCACCAAGGCAUCACCCACCUAAGAACAACAAAUGAUUGAGUUCUGAAUCCAAACCUUACAUCAAUGCGAAAUAUAUAUAUUUAUUUUGGUGUUGUUCUUAUUUUUAUUAUCUAUAAUUACUCUAUGUUAUUCUCGUAGGAGAGUGUUUUGUAUCUUGAAUUUUCAUAGUAUAUUCUUUUUGUCAGUGUAAUGUAAAAUUAACAUAUAUGUUAA